UGUAUACAAAUCGGAAGUUUAACACGACUGCCUACUACGUCCCCCGAUAAGGGCUUCUAAUUCGCGGUUAACUUAAUAAAAAAUUUAUAACUAUGUUUUGGUUAAGUGAAUUAAUACAAGUUAAAUUGAAAAUGUUAAAAAACAUCUUGUGGAAUAUAAAAGUGUUGAGAAAAAAUCAAAAAACCAUUUCUAUCCCAUGGAAAUAUAAAAUUCUCCGAGAGUGGUCCCACUCAACAAUUUCUGUUAUUUAAACAUGAUUUAAGUGGUACCACAAAAUUUUCUAUGCCUAUUUACUGCUGCCGGGGUUGUCAAAACGUCAUUUUCGUGAUCUUCGAAAAUUAAAAAUGGCGUCGAGUUGUUUAUUUGCGAAAAAGUGAACGGUAAUACCGCAUCUGCAUCAGCAACAAUGCGCAGUUGUCCUGCUUGCUCUCAGACAGUGCUUCUGUCAAAUAAAAAAAAACGAAAAACCAGAGAAAAUCCACGCCAUAUUUUAUUUCCCACAAGCAGAAUAAUUUUUUUGUUAACCAAAUGAAAGUGCUUGAUUUUUUAAAGUGUUUUAAUCAUUUAAUAGUUAAUCAAUUCAUUUGGUAGCAAAAUAAAAGGUUCUUAGUUUUUUGAAAGUGUGCUCCUCUGGCAGCAAACAUGACCCAGUACUUUCAAAUUGUACAAAACAUCGAUGAGUUAAAGCGUUUGUAUCCGGACUUGAAUAUGGAAAGCAUGCAAGUAGUUCAGGUUACAGAUGAUGCUAACACCCAGUCGCGUCCUCAGCUUCUUCUUGACGAUUCCAUUAUUUUAAAUGAUGGGCAACAGGUUGUUUAUCAAACUGGAAAUCAGACUGCACAGCAGCAACCACAGCAACAACAGACAACACAGUACAUUCUGCAGGAUGAAUCGGUUCACCAUCAACAACAGCAUCAACAGCAACAACAACAGCAGCAACAACAACAACAACAUCCCCAGCAGCAUGUCUACCAACAGGUUCAACAGGAACAGCGUCAUCAAAUCCAACAGCAACAUCAUCAAACCCAUCAACCCCAACAACAACAGCAACAAAUGUACUACACUUCAGAAAUGCAUCCGAGUCCUACAGUUGUCCAGCAUACGGCACCUCAACAACAGCAACAACAUCAGCAACCGCAGGUCCAACAACAACAGCACCAACAUGCGCAAUCCCAGCAGACACACUCAGCCGGACAAUCAACUCAGCAGAUUCUUUAUCGUAUGCCGGUUACCCAGCAACAAACAAACCAACAAACUCAACAGCUCCUAAAUAAUACUCAUGUCAUUGUGCAACAAUCCCAACCACAGGUGCUUAUACAAACAUCGCCCCAAACAAUUCAUCAGCCCGAAAUGAUUAUGCGCCAACAGAGAAUCCUCUUUAAUCCAAGUCGCACUGUAAUGUAUACCCACCAGCCUACACAGGCACAAACGCAGAUACAGCAGCAGCAACAGGAUCAACAGCAGCAUAUAAUGCAAACUCAAGAAUCUGUUCAUCAGCAGCACACAAACACUGUUGCUAACCAACAGCAACAUGUUCAAAUGCAACAACCACGGCUAGUUCCUCAUCCAAGGCCAAUCGUUUCGGCUACUCAACAACCAUCGCAGAAUGUUAUCUUCCAUCAGGUUCCAUCUGGACAGAAUGUUACAAUUCAACAGCCACAAGGGGUUAUUUCAUCUCAGCUAAGAGGUACGAUUCGGGCAAAAAUUCCAAGAGGAGCUACGACUGCUCGUGGGAUAGGACCACGGGCUGCCACUCCAAUGGGAACAAGUUCCAUCGAUACCAUAAAAACUCCCAAAGCUCGAGGGAACGCUUCAGGCGCCCAGCGUGGCAACCGAGGUGGUCGUACAGUACGUGGGCGUGGUGCUGCCACAACUCAACGAAGUGUAUCCGUCUCAUCGGGCCAAUUAUCAGCUGUAACUUCAAAUUCUUCCAAUACAAUGGGCACACCCUCAAAACAAUUGAAUCAAAAUAUGCAACAGCAACAAACAUCAACAUAUAAACUCCAAUCAUGCGAUUUCAUGGAUACAUCGCAAAAAUAUACCCCAAACGUAGGGGCAACAAACACUCCAAUGCUCUCAACAACAGGAACAUCAACUUAUAGUGGACCAGCUCUGAAAUUCCGUACAACUCCAAAGGUUGCAACGGCCACAAGCGAAAGCCAAAAUACUACAUCGAACACAACAGGUAGUUACCAAUCUAACAAUUUAGAUUUGGAAGAUAGCAUUCAAGCAGUGGUUGUUAAAAAGAAUCAAGAACAACCACAACCAGUCAGCAAUACUGGUCCCCAAAUAGCAACAACCCUUACCACUUACUACACCGAGAAUGAAAGUGAUGAUUCUCGUUUUAUUAAAACCCAAAACGGAACUUGUAUGACUUUGAGCGAGUAUAAAAAGCGAAAUCCUACAACUCUGAAAAUCGUACAAGGGCAACGAAAUCAACCACAAGCAGCCAAUCCAACAAGUGUAGCACAGAAAAUACAGUUGACGAAUGCUGGCCAAUCGGCAACGACAGCUCUAACUGGGGUUGCCCGGAUUGCUAUUCAACCGAAAACUGGGCCCAAUAACGCUCAAGCUCCAGAGCAAACAAUGACUUUAUCAAGUGUGCAACGAACUUCGCACAACAACUAUGAGAUACAAACUCAACAUGUUAUUCAAAACCGUAGUAUUCAGCAAAUUCAAAACUAUUCCGAAAAAGAUAGAAAUAGUGCGAAGAUGUUGGUUAUUUUAGCUUCCGGCGAACAGCGUCUGAUCACAUUCACAUUGCCCCGUGAAUCUUGUACUGUUCAGGAUUUGCUUGAGCAAGUUGGUGUACCAUUCGAUGAUAAGACAACCAUUCAGUGUGUAGAGAGUCCUGGCGCCAAUAUUGACUUUGUUGUAACUGUUGGCUUUUCAGUUCAGGAAUCAGCUAGCGAACUUAUUUCGAAAGCAGAAGAAAGUAUCCAAAUGAGUCGCCAACAAGAGUCGGCUGCUUCUGCUGCUCUGCAAGCUCCACAACAAGUUUUAAACACCGUUCAACGUCCUUUACAAGGAGUUGCAACUACUAGUACUUCAGCUGCCCAGGGUGUUGCUGCUACAACAUCCACUGAUGAUGCCAGCAAGGAUGCCAAUAAAUCAGGUGACGAAGUCCAAAGAAAAGUUAUUCAAGGAUUCCUCGCCGUGUGCCAGUAUUGUGGUUUUUGUGGAUAUGAUCAUGCUAAGUGUGAACGUUGCAAAAGAGUAUUUGUUGAAGAUCCAAAGCGAAUGCCAUGUCAGAAGAAUGCUGCAGCAGCAGCUAGUGCUGCCGCCGCUGCAGCAAGUGCCGCUGCAGCAGCUGCAAAUGCAGCCAAAGCAGAAGAGGAAAAGAAACGAGCUGCUCCUCCAGAUAUUUUGAAUCGUUCCCAAACAAAAGCACUAGCCGCUUUAUCUGCUGGAUCAGGCCGUGGUGGAAGAAAUUCAGCCUCAUCAAGGGGACGCACUCGGUCCGGUCGGAAACCAGCCGAAAUUGAACCGGUUAUAUUGACUUUAAGCAGUGACGAUGAAGGAGAUGAUGAGCAAUCCAAUAAAUCUGCACAUAAGGUUCCUGUUGUUAAUACUGUUGCAGCUGCAGGUAAACCCUUUGCUUUUGAACCGGAUGUAUCUGCCGUUGAUGAAUCUCGAGUUUAUGCAGAUUUUCGCCGUGAAAAUGUGGCAGACUCUGAGAGCGCCAUGGAUAGUUUGUACACAUCGUUUUCAUGCAAACUCAUUCGCAUUGGAACCCACCGUUUUGAAUCGAAAGAUCCUGUAACUUUUACUAAAAAGGGAAUUCGUAUUUUUGCUCCAAACUGCAGCAAUCUAACUGACAUUGUUGCAUUGGACAUUUACAAAGAAGAAAUUGUCAAGAUUGUUGCAUUUUUCUCAAAAUCCUUUUCAGUGAUGUUUAUUUAUACAAUGCGCAAAUGUGCCGAGUACAUAAGAGAAAGUCUUGAGAUGAAACCUAAAAAUACUGCACUUGAAACUCCUUAUUUUAAUUCAGCGGAAAAGGGUGAUACAUAUAAUAAAAUUAUUCUACAAAUAGACACAAUCUCUGAAGAAUCUAUAAACGUUAUACGAUCGAUAUAUAAAAGUAUUACAUUGGAGGAAAUUCAAUUCCAAGACGCAAAUGAGCUUUUACUUCGAGCUGCAGCUAAGGACAAAUAUGUUGUGAAUGCCAAUUCAAAUGAAAUUCGUCUCGAUCCAAAUGACAUUCGACAAAUUUUAAUCUAUCCACCAGGCAAAGGUGGCAUCUCAAUUAAUACGGAAGAUUACAUGUGUCUAGCUACCGAUCAAUAUCUAAACGAUGUCAUUAUUGAUUUCUAUUUAAAAUGGCUGCACAAAAAUAUUGUCCCCGAAAAGAAUCGAGAACGAACUUAUAUAUUUAGUAGUUUCUUUUAUAAACGUCUGACAACAAUGUCUACACGGCCGCGAGCACAAAAUGCUAAGGAUGUUAAACAAACUGCAGCUCAAAAACGUCAUGCUCGUGUUGCUAAUUGGACAAAGAAUGUAAAUUUAUUUGACAAGGACUUUAUUAUAAUACCCAUAAAUGAGCUAUCGCAUUGGUUUUUGGCAAUUAUUUGUUUCCCUAUGCUUAAGGGGCCGGUAACAUUUGAUACAAAUGAACCAAUUAUUCCACAACAAGUUACAAAAAAGAAAAAAGGUUCUGAAAAGAAAGUGUCUCUUCAAAUUGGCAAUACAACUAUAACUCCGCUUUCUAAAAGGGAUGAAAGCAUCUGCCUGGGGGAAGAAGAUAGUGAACGUGAUGAAGCUGAAGGUGAUGAUAGUGAUUUAGCAUCCGAUGAUAGUGAUUAUGAGGCACCCAGUGCUAACGGAUCACAGCGUCAAGCAAUAAAGCAGCCUGUCAUUUUAAUUUUUGACUCACUGGCGGGAGCUUCGCGAAGCCGAGUUGUUGCCACUUUGCGUGAUUAUCUCACCUGCGAAUAUCAAGCAAAGAUCCAAGAUAACCAAACACACGCCUUCACUAAACUCAAUAUGCCAGGCAACUGCGUAAAGGUGCCCCAACAGAAUAACUUUACCGAUUGUGGUCUCUACCUGCUGCAGUAUGUGGAGCAAUUCUUUACCGACCAAGUUCGCGAUUAUACAAUUCCAAUAAAGCAGCUGGUCAAUUGGUUCGAUACCAUUGUUGUGACUAGAAAACGAGAAGAAAUUUCUAACUUAUUGGCUGAUUUAAUUCAUGAGCACAAUCCUAGUCAGUUGCCGUUGCCUAAAAUUCCCUUUCCCACGCUGAACGGAGAGCUCAUUGAAAGACCCGAUGAAAGUUUUAGCGAAGACCAGGUGGAAUUUGAAGAGGAGGAUAUGGAAGAGGAUGGCUUGGAAGAUGAUGACACAGGUGAAACUCAAUCAUCGCCAGAGGAACCCACAAAUCGAAUUGAAAAAACCCCGUCGACCGGAAAUAGCUCAUUAACACUAUCAGCACUGCCAACUCCUGGAAGAAAAAUUGUACUAAAACGAAGUUUUCCCGGAUUAAGUAACAUAACAGUCAAUGUGCGGAAAACUCCCAAGCUUGAUCCAUAAAUUGGCAUGUUAUUAUUAUUAUUAUUCGUCUAUUAUAGUUAUUAUUAUUAUUUUUUUAACAUAGGAGAAGAUUGCAGAGCGAUUCCUAUUUAAAUGUCUCUUUGCUGUCGUUGUAAAUAUUAAAAAAAAAAAACUAUUGAAUUAUUAAGUAACAAAAUAUAAAUGCUAAACAGAUACGAAUCUUUGCGAUUAUAAAAAACUAUCCAUACUUUACUUUUGUUUAGAGUUUUUGUUUUUUGGAGAUACUCCAGUUUUUUAUCCUACAAGAUUAGAAAUAAAUUUAAACAAAAUAACAA